UGCAUCUUCAGACACUAGCGGCUGUUUCCACACAGACAGAGCAGCUGUGAGGACGGAGCGGCCGUGAACGUCUCACCGCUGUCUGUCUGUCUGUCUGUCUGUCUGUCUGUCUGCAACACGUCGUGACUUGUGACCCAGUUUGGUUUGGUUUCCUAGACUGACCUGAGUGGGAUGAAACAUCAGGAGCCUGAACACAGACCAAAGAGGGUUACAUCUUAAUACUCUAACUUGAGUCAAAGAAGAAAAACAUUAACAAUGGGUGAAGUAUCCGUUGAAGUAGAUGAGGAGGUUACAAAACAGGACUUCUCCCUGGAGCCGCUGCCAGAGCCACUGCUGAUAAUUCUGUCCCCACCGCCACCUUUCUUGCCCAUCCCUGGUAAACCAACAAUGUUUUGGCACAAGUGGCUCAAAGCUUUUGAACACUACACUGAGGCGCUCGGUGAAAACGAGCUUGUCGACUCCAGUAAGUGUGUGCUCUUACAGAACUGCCUUGGCCUAGAGGGCCAGCGCAUCUUCACAACACUGAUCCAGAGUGGAACCACGUACGCAGCGGCCAUCUCCACGCUUACGCUUUACUUCUGCUCCGAUCACACCUCUCAGAUGUACCGCCUUCAGUUUCACCAGAGGGCUCAGAUGCCCGGAGAGUCUGUAGAUGUGUUUGUGUUUGCGUUAACAGAACUGCUGAGGCUCUGCAACUAUGGAGACCUACAAGACAAACUUAUCCUGGAUCAGCUGAUUGAGAAAACGAACUGCCCGCAACUCAAAGAGAGGCUGAUGUUGGAGAAGGAAACUCUGACCUUGGACAAGGCGUUGGUCAUCGGUAAAGAGGUUGAAUUUGCUUUUAGUGAAUCUGAACUGUUUGGUUUUCAUGAGGUCAGUGUGGACAUCGGAGACUAUUUAGACCCUCCUGUUCAAACGAAGCGCAAAAGGGGGCGUCCUCGGCGUGGGGAGGAAAGGCCGAAAAACCAAACAAAACCACACACGACUAAAAGAUCAUCUAGAUACAAAGAUAAUUACUAUUUCAGCAACGAUAAGCUAUAUUAUAGUGAAAAUGAUGAUUUGUCUAAGAGUGCUCAUGGCGCUAAUCAGGCUUGUUUUGAAGCCAGCAAUAAAGCAGGUGAUGAUGUUAACGGAGUCUUGUUAUCAUCAUCACAGAGGAUGGAAGAGGAAGGCUGCGACAAUGCUAGCGACGGUGUCGAGGACGACGACGAGGAUGAAGACUUUUACCCUUCUAAUCUAAAAGGCCCCUACUGUCCCAUCUGUAUUAACAGGCGCUUCAGAGACGCAAACAAGCUCGCCAGACACAUGAGGACGCACACGAAGGAGAAACCGUUUAACUGCCCGGUCUGCGCUAUGACCUUCAGCCAGUCUUACCACAUGACCAGACACAUGAGGAACCAGCACGGCGCGGGCCAGUACAUCUGCUCCACGUGUGGGAAAAGUUUAGAGAGCUUUGCAGAGCUGCAAAGUCACAAGAGGACGCACGUGUCGCGAGUUCUUUCAUGUCCCGACUGUCAUGAAAAAUUCACUAAAAAUGAUGCAUUUUGUAGUCACGUCAUGUCACACGGCAAAGACCAGUCCACCCAGAUAGAGGGUUCAAAGCAAAGUGACGAGGUGAAAAAACAAGAAAUAAUCGAAUCAUGUAAUAAGGAUAAUCAUGACAAUGAUACUGAGAAUGAUGCAGAUUCUGAUAAUUCUCAGGAUAAAGAAUCUCAAGUUAAUGUUAAGCUGGAAGACACCGAUGGAGCUAAAUCUCAAGAUGGAGGCAUUCAGAAAGAUAAAGAUGCCUCCAAGACUAAAACAAAAGGCCAUUUCUGUCCCAUCUGUGUCGACAGGCGCUUCAGAGGGCCAAACAAACUCGCCAGACACAUGAGGACGCACACAAAGGAGAAACCGUUCAGCUGUCCGGUCUGCGCUAUGACCUUCAGCCAGUCUUACCACAUGACCCGACACCUGAGGAAACAGCACGGUUUGGGCCAGUACAUCUGCGAUAAAUGUGGUAAAAGUGUAGGGAGCUGGCUGGAACUGAAAGCACACAAGAGGACUCACGCGGUUGAAGGUCUGACGUGUCUCGCGUGUGAUAAACAGUUCAAGGAGAAGGCUGCGCUUGUGAGUCACCUUAAAGUACACAAGAAGGUCCAGGCCAGCCCUCGAAGCCUCGUCUGCGGCGAUUGCGGCAAAGUAUUCGGUCGAAUGUAUCAUUUGAAAAGGCACAUAGUGACCCAUCGCAAAGCAACAAACGGAGAGGUUUUCACAUGUCCCGACUGUCAGAAGAAUUUUGCCUUCCCAGAAGACCUCAACAAACACCUGGAGAUUCACGUGAAAGAAAACAACGGGACUUGUCCGAAAUGUAACGAAACCUUCAGUAGUCCAGAAGAACUGGAGACGCACAUGGGGGUUCAUGAAAAGUCUUACGCCUGCAACACCUGUGGGAAGAAGUUUAAGGUUGAGUAUGCCCUGAAGAAGCACGAGCAAGGCCACCAAGACGAACAGUAUUAUUGUUCGUUGUGCCGCAAACGCUUCGUCAAGCUGUCUCACUACAAGAGGCACAUAAUGGUCCACGACAGGCGGGAAUCAAGAUGUCCACACUGUGACAGCGUCUUUCUACAGUUAACAGCUUUGAAGUAUCACCUGCGGACUCACACAGAUGAAAGACCCUACCAGUGCACCUGUUGUAUCGAGACCUUUGAGGAGGAGGAGGAUCUAGAGCAACACCGCCUCAAGCACAGGAAAUUCAAGCGGGAGAGGCCAUACUCGUGCACGCGCUGUGAUGCCGCUUUCUCUGCGCUAAUCGAGCUGACGGACCACAUGAGCUCACACGACGGAGAGCAGCCGAUGAACUGCCCCGUGUGCGGCAGGACAUUCCUGAACAAGAAUAAGCUGGAGAAGCACCUGAGCAUCCACACGGGGGAGAGACCGCACCUCUGCUCCAUCUGCGGCAACGGCUUUCCCUCGGCCGCCAGCCUCAAGCUGCAUCUCCACAUCCACACCGGAGAGAAGCCCUUCCAGUGUCUGCAGUGCAGCAAGAGCUUCAGGUCGUCCAGCGGGCUGCGGCUGCACAGCAGGCAGCACAUGGACGUGCGGCCCAGCUACGAGUGUCCCGAGUGCGGCAGGACUUACGGUCGCAUGACGGAGUUGAAGAUGCACCAGCGCUAUCACACGGGGGAUAAACCAUACGCGUGCACCUGCUGCAGCAAACGCUUUAUUAGCAAAGACAAACUGAACGUUCACAUGAGGAUACACACAGGGGAGAGGCCGUACUCCUGCCCCCACUGUGGACAGACAUUUACACAGACUGGAGACAGAAACAGACACAUCAGUAAAUACCACUAGAUAGGUACUGUAGAAACACAACUUAGGUUGCUGCUUUUGAAUGAUCAUGUCAGUGGUUUUGCAUGUUUGUAUGGGUUGAUAGCAGAUUAUUGUCACAUUAUUUGAUCAACAAUAAGAAACCAAAACAUGUUGAAAGCUAACUUAGGCAGAUUUAGGCUGCCAUGAACACUAAAUUGCUAGUUGAUGAUGAGAUGUGAUGGUUUUUUGUUAAAUUAAAGAAGAAUAAAGAUAUUCUCUGUUGUAGAAAAGAAUGAAAUCCAAAACUCCACCACAAAGUAAGGCCUUGAAAUUAUCAAUCAACCAAUGUUCAAUUAACACCUCACUGGCACUGUAUCAACGAAGACUAAACAUUACAAGUUUUCCAAGGACUAUUUAUUGCUAGGGCUGGGGAUCAUUAUACUUUUCACUUAUUUUAAAGGAACAGUGUGUAAUAUUUCGGGGGAUCUGUCAGCAGAAAUGGCAUAUAGUAUUCAUAACUAUGUUUUCAUUAGUGUAUAAUCACCUGAAACUAAGAAUCGUUGUGUUUUCGUUAGCUUAGAAUGAGCCCUCCAUAUCUACAUAGAGAGCAGGUUCUCUUCACAAAGUCUGCCA